GGGGCGGUAGUGAAUCUCCUCGCGUUCUGGUGACUCGGCUAAAAUUCAUGAACCGCCAUUUAAUAUAUAUCGAUUCGAUGACGAAUUCAAACUGCACUGUUGUCUUCCGGUAAUAUCCGUGAUCAACAUGGCCGUCUAACGUAAAGGCCGGCAGCGGUAGAAGACGUCGUUCUUAAAGUAGUUCAGAACGCGGCGGGAAGCGAUUCGUCAGCCCGUUACCUUUUCACUGGUGUUCGCGAGCGAGGGGAAGGCCAUCGGAACGCGAGAGAAACAGAGAAAACGCCAAGGGGCUGAAGAGGGGGCGGCGAAGAAGGUGGAGGAGGAGGAGAAGGAGGAGAAGAAGAAGAAGCAAGAGGCCCGAGUGGUACUGUUGACGGUUGUGAAAAGAGAUAGUUGUCAAGAGAAUUGUAGGACCGGUUAAGAUUCGAAGGCGGCUCGCACGCAAACGGUACCCGUAAGUUGUAUUAUGCGACGGCUCGGUAUGAAGAACAAGCAUAGAAAGUCCGAAGCGGUGAGCGAUAGCGAGCCGGAAGAAAAUGUCGACGCACGCGCGGGCAACGACGACGACGAGACGCAGGCCGGCAAGAACAACAGCUCGCAAAAGUCCGCCACGAAGAGACGCUCGGCGCGCGGUGCAUCGGUGCCGAAGCCGGCAGUGAACACGAACGACGACGCCGACUCGGAUAACGACGACUCUACGGCGAUAGAACCGAAAGAGCGGGAAAACGGCGAGAAGAAACCCUUACCGAACAAGCGUAGAAAGAAGGAAAAUCAGCGAGCGUCCACCUCGGCCCGCGACUUGAAGCCCGAGGACGUUGGGAGCGAAUACGAGGUGGAAAGGCUCAUCAAUAUUCGUACCAUUAAAGGCCGUCGACAGUUCUUAGUGAGAUGGGUAGGUUACGGAGAAAAUGACGACACUUGGGAAAAUGAAAAGGAUUUGAAUUGUCCUCAGCUGAUAGAAGAUUUUUUAAUCGAGGAAAAAGAGAAAGAAAGAGAAAUUAAACCAUCAAAACCGGCCAAAACAGAUAAAUCUAAAAAAUCUUCCAGAAGUUCUGCCAAGAAACAAACCCAAGAAACGAAAGAAACUGACGAUGAAGAUAGUGAACAGGAAAAAGGAGGGAUCUCAAAAGAAUUUGAAGUCGAAAGAGUAAUUGAGGUACGUUUUAAGAAAAAUGGCACAAAAGAAUUUUUAAUCAGAUGGAAAGGAUUCAGCGCGACUGACGACACGUGGGAACCGGAGAGAAAUCUGAAUUGUCCGGAACUCAUUGCAAAGUUUAUGGGAAAGUUAGAAAAAGCAAAAACCUCCGAAAUGCGGGAACUCAGAACGAAUCGAGUACAUACUAAACGAUACACGUUAUCAACACACGACCGUGGAAGAAGAUUAUCGAAACGCAAUAGAGACAAGCAAAGGACAACUUACCAUGAAUGUGAUGAAUGAAGAAUAUCGAAACCCCAAUCUUUAUUUUAUUCAAAAAAAAUUUAUAUACAUAUAUAUAUACAUAUACAUACA